CUAAGAGGGGAGACGUGUAUGACCGCCGCCGCGGCACCUACGAACACGGCGGCGGCCCCCCCGUCACCGCAUCUUGCGGAGCGCGCAGCCGUGCUCACGCCCGCGACCGCGCGGCGGGCCCGCUCGGCGAACUCGCCAGAUGCCCUGCCGCUGACACAGCUCUCGGACAGCUCGCCGGCCCGGCAGCGCGACUCGCCCAAGCUCCCGCAGCAGCCGAACAAGCCUUUGAUAGACCCGGCGUCGGGCUACGUGCCCGAGAUCGACGCCCCCCCGUCGGUGGCCGUCUGCUCCGGCCACCGCUGCGUGCGCGGCCGCAGCGGCCCCUGGUGCUUCUGCCAGCGCGGCCCGUCGCCGUCGCCCUCGCCGAAAAAGAAGGACGGCGACGGCGAGCCGCGGUCGCCCGACGCGCCGAAGCGCGACCCCGUCGUCUACGAGGGCGAGCCCGACGGUCCUUUGAAGGGCCGCACGGGCCGCGCCCUAUCGAAGGUGACGCGCGACGCGCUGACGGAGCGCAUCUACAAGCGCAACGCCACGGACGAGCGCGAGGCCUUCGCGUCGCUGGCCGGCGGCCGCUACAUGUGCGCGCGCCUCGACAAGCGCUGCUGGCUGGAAGUCGAGGACAAGCGCCACCGCUACGCGAAGAAUUUGAGGCGGUACCACUACGAGUGGGUGCGCUUAGAAAGACCAAAGGGCGACUUCUUCGCGUGGCUCGACAGCCACAAGGAGCCCUUGCAGACCUGCACGCGCGAGAAGCUCGAGUCGGAAGUGGUCCGGUACUGCUCCCAGGACCAAGCCCGGAAGUAUAUGUUGAGGUGCGUCGGUGGGUUAGUUUUUCACUUAAAAACGGACGACCACCACCACGCGCGCGACCUGUCACGCGAUAGAAGGGGCCACCGGGAGCGGCACCGCUCUCCACAAAGACGUUCUAGAGAAGAGAAGCCCCGUCAUAGGAGCCCACCUAGGGAACCGACCCAAGCUCAAAAGAGCGCGCCGGACGGCAUGGCGCCACUCACAACAGGUCCCAAGGGCUGGAUUUUUGUACUGCACGACGGCGGGUUCUACGCGCGACGCAAGGGUACGGCCGCGGGCAAGGCGCGGUUCCACCAUUCCUCGUUCUUUGGCGGCGAGUGCGUCGACGCUGCGGGGAUUGUAGUAGCGAGAGACGGCGUCGUCCAGCGCAUCCUGCCGCACUCGGGGCACUACCGGCCGCGCGAGGCGCACUUCGCCCGCUUACUGUUAUACUUGAGGGACAACAUGGGGUUAACCUUAGACACCAUCGAGGUCGACGUGCAGCGCGUUUUAAGAAUAGCAAGGCCGGAACACGCGCGCAAGAUGGACACGCCGCACUUCUGGUCUGCGGCGCAGGCCUUGGCUUUUCUGACGCAUAAAGCGCUCGCGAAGCUGUCGAACCUAUUUCACGCCAUCGAGAAUAGAGGAGCAUUAGAUGCGUUACGGAUGCGCGACGCGGCCUACGCGGCCAAGGCCGCUGCUGCUUUAGCGCGCGGCGACAACAUCGCGGCGCGCGUGUCUCAAAGUGUGAGGCGCGCCAGGCGGCCGUCCGAGGACCGCACGAAUGAUGUCUUGGAGGCCUUCGACGAGUCGACGGGCCCCUUCUCGCCCCGAAGACCCCGCGGCAAUUCCAUACAAUUGCCGGCCGGCGACGCGCACCUGCGGACCAUCACGCCGGGGACCUUCCCGACGGAGCUGGGCGUCGAGGACGAGGCCCUGCGGCCCACGACGCCGCCGCCGCGCCUGCAAGACGCGCCACCCCUCUCGCGGUCGGCGCCGUCGAGCGCCCAGCGGCCCCACGUGCGCCCGCGGCUCUCUCCCAGAACGUUCGACGAGCCGUCGUCGCCGCCGUCGCCGCCGACGCCCACGGCGCGCGGGAGAAGUCCGUUGCCGACGUCUCCGCCGCCCGCGCCGCCCUUCCGCAUGGUCGCGCCCGGCAGCCCGGCUGCGUCGCUCGCCGCGGCGCCGCCGCCGCGGCGCCGCGCGCGGUCCGCCGAGCGCCGCGACGCGCGCGACGUCGUUGGUGCUACCUCAAGGGCUAGGUACCGCCGCCGCGGCGACGCCGCGGCGCUGCUCGGCCUGCGCGAGGACCCGGCGCAGCGCCGCGCGCGGACGGCCGCCGUCGCGGCCGCCGUCGCCGCCGCGGACGACAGCGUGCUCGAGGAGGCCCGCGACGACCCCUGGUGGGAGGGCGCGUCGCCUCCUGGUUUAGCGAUGCGCCGCAAGCACGACGCCGACGACGAGGCCCGGAACGACGACGGCGCCGCCGACUCGUCGUCGGAUUCCGACGACGACGACGACGCCGCGAGCGACGGGGGCUCGUCGUCGGACUACUCCGGCGACGAGGCCGAGCGGCGCCCGCGGCGCUUGGGCUUCGCCGGGAGCGGCGGGUCGCUCUCGACGCUUGUCGACGACGAGGAGGCCGCGCCGCUCGUCACGGAGACGGACUCGCCGGGCGACGGCGACGACGAUACGGCUUCGCCUUGA